CUCACUUCCUCUCCGCUGCUCUCACCAAAAGAACCUCCACGUUCCGAUCUUUGAGUCCGUCUUUCUCCAUCGAUUCCGAGUGUUUGGAUCUUCGUAUCGUGGUUGGAGGUUUUGAGUCUGCCGCCCAAUCCAGUUCCAAUCGGUGAUCCGUUGAGGCUCAAUCCGAGGGACGAAUUUUGGUCGGCGCAAAGGAGCCGGUUUUAUUGUUGUUCUUGUUGUUUGAUCGCGUACGCAUGCGGCGGAGGGCGCCCGAGUUCCGGCGCCCGGGCCAGAGGCGGCUCUCGUACUGGAUCUGCUCGCUUCUUGGGAUCUCGAUUGCCGCUGGGUUCGUUCUCUUCUUCUUUCAGCACCGUCAUCAGGACCGAUUCAGGCCGCCCGUAAGGAAAAAGAUUCCAACUGAUGGGAAUAACUCUCAUGGAACAAUAUAUCUCAUGCAAGAACUGUUAAACAGUUCUUCAUUUUCCAGGCAACUUGCAGAUCAGCUGACACUAGCCAAGGCUUAUAUAAUCAUAGCCAAGGAGCAUAACAACCUUCAGCUUGCUUGGGAGCUUAGAUCACAGAUACGUAAUGGUCAAAGAUUGCUCUCUCAGGCAGCUGUGAGGGGAAAACCAAUCACCCUAGAAGAAGCACAUCAUAUAGUCAGUGAACUAGCACAGCUCAUAUACAAGGCCCAAGAUUUCCAUUAUGACAUUGCUACUACAAUAGCAAAACUAAAGAGCCACACCCUUGCCCUUGAAGAGCAUGCAAAUGCAGCAACUGUGCAGAGUGCAAAAUUUGGUGAACUGGCUGCAAAAGCCAUGCCCAAAAAUCUCCACUGUUUUAACAUAAAGCUCACAGAGGAGUGGUAUAAAAAUCCAUCUCUAAGAAAACUGUCAGAAGAGGGCAGGAACUCACCUCGACUUGUUGACAACAGCCUAUAUCAUUUAUAUAUAUUCUCUGAUAAUGUGCUGGCAACAUCUGUUGUUGUGAAUUCCACGGCCUCUAAUGCUGAUCAUCCUCAGCAGCUUGUGUUUCAUGUGGUCACAGACAAGGUCAAUUACUGGGCUAUGACUACUUGGUUUCUUAGGAACGAUUUUAGAGGAUGCACAGUCAAAGUUCUGAGCAUAGAAGAGUUAUCUUGGUUGAAUGCCUCAUCCUCUCCAUUGAUCAAACGGCUAGUGCAUUCCGAAACAUGGGCUUAUAACAUUGCUGGUAGUUCAAAAGAUCAGAGUUGGGAAACAAAGUUGAAGGACCCUAAUUUUGCUUCCUUGCUGAAUCACUUACGCUUCUACAUCCCACAGAUACAGCCCCAAUUGGAAAAGGUAGUGUUCCUUGAUGAUGAUGUUGUGGUACAGAAGGAUCUAACCCCUUUGUUCUCAGUGGAAUUGCACGGGAAUGUUAUUGGAGCUGUGGAGACCUGUCUAGAAGCAUUCCAUAGGUUCUACAAGUAUCUCAACUUCUCUAAUCCAGUCAUUAGCUCAAGAUUUGAUCCACAAGCAUGUGGAUGGGCUUUUGGGAUGAACAUUUUUGAUCUAGUAGCAUGGAAGAAGGAAAAUAUUACUGACAAAUAUCACUACUGGCAGGAACAAAAUGCUGAUCAGAUGCUCUGGAAGACAGGCACUCUUGCUCCUGGCCUUCUGGCGUUUUAUGGGGUGAUGGAACCCCUUGAUCGGAGAUGGCAUGUACUUGGAUUGGGUUAUGAUUCUGAUAUUGAUGAUAGGUUAAUUAAGAGUGCUGCUGUUGUGCACUUUAAUGGGAAGAUGAAGCCAUGGCUUAAACUAGCUAUAAGCAGGCUUUGUUCCUACAGAAUAAGAUCUGCAAAUGCUGCUCCAAACAUUUUCGUAUCGCCACAAUUAUCCAUGAGAAAAGGUGAUGUUGUGCUAAUAGCACUCGGUGAGAAUGGUUGGUUGCCAUUACCUGCACCUCAUGAAGGGUUUAUCUAGUCACUUUUCCUGGGCCAAUUCAUUGCCUGAUGAAGCUUUCUAUGUUAUGGACAUCAGUUGAAAUAGCUACUGGUCAAAUGAAAGGGACAAAUAAUGAUGUUCAUGCAACCAGUUGAUUAUGAAGCAGCAGUUACUGCAAGAUAAACUCCCUCAUGAGUACUCACAUCACCUGAAUCAUGAUGUGCUGCAUUUGAUUCAAAUGUUUAGGUUGUUGUCACAAAAGAUAAAUGGAUUGUGUCACUAUCAAAUUCCUCCGGAAGAUCUAUGACAGAAAUACUGUGUUGAAUUCAAAUACAAUUUUUUUUU